GUUGUGUUUGGUAAACAGUGAAAUUAAUAGGUAAAAUAAAAAUAAGUAUUAAUGAGUUUAAGUACCUAAUAUAAUAUUUUGUUUAAAAAUUGACAUCGGUGCCAAUGACAGUUUAAGUGACAACAAUUAGAAAAAUUCAAAUUCACACCUUCGAGAAACAAACACUGGUCAUAAAGUAAACUAUUGCAGUAAAUUGGUUGAAUAUUAAAUUAACUACCUAAGUACCUAUGUAACAUGUGUGUAUUAAACUAUUAAUGAAGAAAAUUGUACGUAUUAAUUUAAAGCAAAAUGUCUUGUAACUAUGCUGAUGGUUUAUCUCCAUAUGAAUAUAAAGGAGAAGUUGGUAUGAAUGAAGUUUUUGACACUCCUGAAGUUUUAAAACAAAAAAUUUCACUUCUUGCUCAGUGGAUCAAAGAUUCUAAAUACACAGUUUUUCAUACAGGUGCUGGUAUAAGUACAUCAGCAGGUAUACCAGAUUUCAGAGGACCAAAAGGAGUAUGGACUUUAGAAAAAGAAGGAAAGAAACCAGAAAUAAGCUUAGAUUUCAAUGAUGCUAAACCAACAGUUACACAUAUGGCAAUCAAAAGCUUGGUCCAAAAAGGUUAUGCAAAAUAUGUUGUCAGUCAGAAUAUAGAUGGUUUGCAUUUGAAGUCAGGAUUACUUCGUCAGUAUGUUUCUGAAGUUCAUGGAAAUAUGUUUACUAUGAAAUGUAAUAAAUGCAAAAGGAGCUAUGUGAGUAAGACUGCUGUAAAAACAGUAGGACAACGAUGCUUAAACAUAAAAUGUUUUGGGAAAAACAAGAAUGGCCAUCAAUGUCGAGGUAUUCUAUAUGAUACAAUAUUAGACUGGGAACAUCAAUUACCCAUCGAAGAGUUAGAAUUAUCAGAGUUACAUUCCAAAAUGGCUGAUUUAUGCAUUUGUCUUGGGACUUCAUUACAAAUUCAACCAAUCAAUUUGGUUCCAUUUAAUGCAAAAAAAAACAAAGGAAAAGUUGUUAUUUGUAAUUUACAAAAAACAAACUGUGAUCGUAAGGCAGAUUUAGUUAUUCAUACAUAUGUAGACAAUUUGAUGACAUCUUUAAUGGAAAUUCUUGGAAUAGAUAUUGAUAAAUAUGAUGAGAUCAAAGAUCCAACAAAUAUAAAUCAUGAAAUCACUGAUUGGUCAAUUUAUGAAACUGAUUUAAAGAAAAUACGAGAAAUUAAAAGAAACACAACAAAAUCAAAAAAACGCAAAAAGUCUGAAAUUAAAUUUCCUAAUCCAGAAUCAGAAACAGAAUCACCUCUUAAUAAUCAAAUCCUUAAACCAUCAAAAAUUUCUAAACUUAAUAAUAUUGAUAAUAUUAUAAAAUAAUAAAAAGAAAUAAUUAGGCUUUUUAAUUACAUUUGUAAUAUGUUUGUAUUCAUUAUAAAUUUUCUUAUAUGGAAUUUUUUAACACUUUUAAAAAUAAUUCAUAUUGAAAAUCCUAUACUUAUAAAAAUGAUAAUAGCACAAAGUUGAAAAUAUUAUAUCUUAUUAUUAUAUAGUAGUUGGAAGUAGCAUGUUGCUUAUUAGUUAUUACCAGUGUAACAAUAAUUAUGCAAUUUUUUUUUUUUUUUUGUAAUUCACUGUAAAUAUGAUAUAUGUUCAAAAAAUUACCAUUUCGGGUUUAUAAUUAAAUGUGCAUUAUUUUUUAGACUGCAUCCGAGUUCUGUUCUAAGAACCUUUUUUUAUACUAAUUCCGUUCGGACAAAAAUUAUAAUUAAAAUACAGUAGAAAUUGUUUAUAACGACGUUCAAGGGACAUAAAAUUAAUAACCAUUAAUAACCCAUUUAAAUAGGUCAUAAUAAUUAUAGUAAUAUAGGUAUUCAUUAUAUUAGUACAUCUUCAUAAUUUAAUGUAAUAUUACGAAAUUCAAAAUUCAAUAAAUAUUUUAAUAGUUAAAGUCAAACUAGCAUAUAAAUAGUCAAAAAUAAAAAUAAAAUACAUUUUGAUGUAGUAAAAUUCAAUUAGUUGGUGCGAUAACUGAAAUCAUAUUAUCUUUUUUUUUUUCUAAAUAAUAAAUUAUUAUUAAAUUCUAUUUUUGACCUUAUUAAGUUGUAUAUUUUAUAUAUUUAUAGUAUAAUAUAAAAAAACUUGGCACAGGUCGAUCUAGUCCUAACCAAUCCUUUAAAAAAUCUUGGGAAAGAACUAAUAUAUUAAUUUUAAAAAACCUGGGAUGGAACAAUUAUAUCUUUAAAUUCAAUUUAUGUAUAUGAAAUAGAUAUCUGAUGCAGCCAUUUUUUGUACUCCAUAAACAAUGUAUUUAAAAUGUCUAAAUUAUUUCUUUAUUAUUUUCUCAAAAAUUUUUAUUUUGUACUUUUUUUUAUGUCUCCAUUUUAAGAGAAAUUUUAGCAUUUUUAGUUCAUUUUAUUGAUAUGUAUUAUAUAUGGUAUACAAAUAGAUAUAUUAUAUGUAUGAUAUAUACAUACCAUAUUUUUAAUUUAUUGUACAAGCUUUAACAAAAUAUUAUAUUAAGAAAUAUUGUUUUUAUAAUGUUUGUUUUAAUGUACCUAUGUUUUUUUAUGAGUGCCAAAUGUCAAUUUUGUGUGUAUAUACAUUAUCGUAUUAGUCUAAUCAAUAGUGGUUAUCAAAUGUGAUCUGAGACUCUAACAGUUAACAACUCAUUUUUGAGUUCAAGGCAUAUCACAAUAUUGCAUUUAUUUCAAGUACAAUGUGUUUAUUUAAUGUAUGUGUUAAUGUAUGGUUUUUGUCAAAGCUGGGCGAGCUAACAAUUUUUAACCCGUUAAGUUAUUUUAAAAUAAUAAAGUUAUUUUAAAAGUGGCUCAUACUUUUUUUCGUUAACUCUGAAAAAAAAGUAACUUAACUUAGUUUAAAGUUAAAAUUUUCUUAUUUGCAAAAUAAAAAAUUCCAGACACAUAAUAAUGUUUAUUAGAUAGUUUUUCUUUAAGCUCAAGAAAAUAACUGGGGAAAUUUAAAUUGAUACAUUAAAGUAUUAAUACUAACUUCAAAAACCUAUCUUUUUAAAAACCUCAUUUAAAAAUUUGCAUUAUUGUGUAGACGAAAAUUAACUUAAUUUAGAUAUUUUUGAAUAAAAUUAACUUGAAGUUAACACGUUAUUCUUAAAAAAAAAAAAAAGUAACGUUAAUUAACUUAAUUUUAACUUUUAAAUUUAAAUUCGUUAAUGUUCAGCUUUGAAUAUUAUAAUCAUACUAUAUUAUUAUGUCAUGUAAUAGCCAAUAGGUGUAAAUUGUAAAAUUACUGCAGUGUUAGAAUAAACUCCUCGAUGUACGAUGUACCAAAAUAUUCUUCAGGA